CGCGGCGGCCAUUUCCGACGCAGCGGUGAAGGCUCGGCCGCGGCGGUAGCGCCCGCUUCUUCCCCGCCGGCCGGGACCUGCCCGCCCGCCCCCUCCGCCCCGCCGCCAGCCCGCUCCCGGCCGCGCGGCGCGACCCCGGCACCAUGUCUCGAAGAUACGACUCCAGAACGACCAUAUUUUCUCCAGAAGGUCGCUUGUACCAGGUUGAGUAUGCAAUGGAAGCCAUUGGACAUGCAGGUACUUGCUUGGGAAUCCUAGCAAAUGAUGGUGUUUUGCUAGCAGCAGAGAGACGCAACAUCCACAAGCUUCUCGAUGAAGUGUUUUUCUCUGAGAAGAUAUACAAACUUAAUGAGGAUAUGGCUUGCAGUGUUGCAGGAAUAACUUCAGAUGCCAAUGUUUUAACAAAUGAACUGAGACUGAUUGCACAGAGGUAUUUGUUACAAUAUCAAGAGCCUAUUCCUUGUGAACAACUGGUAACAGCACUAUGUGAUAUCAAGCAGGCUUAUACACAGUUCGGAGGAAAACGUCCUUUUGGUGUUUCGUUGCUGUAUAUUGGCUGGGAUAAGCAUUAUGGAUUUCAGCUGUAUCAAAGUGAUCCUAGUGGAAAUUAUGGAGGGUGGAAAGCUACGUGCAUUGGAAAUAAUAGUGCUGCAGCUGUGUCAAUGCUAAAGCAAGACUACAAAGAAGGAGAAAUGACCUUAAAGACCGCGCUUGCAUUAGCCAUUAAGGUGCUAAACAAAACCAUGGAUGUUAGCAAACUCUCUGCAGAGAAAGUUGAAAUUGCAACACUGACAAGAGAGAACGGAAAGACAGUAAUAAGGGUUCUGAAGCAAAAGGAGGUGGAACAGUUGAUAAAACAACAUGAGGAGGAGGAAGCAAAAGCUGAACGUGAAAAGAAGGAGAAAGAACAAAAAGAGAAGGAUAAAUAGAAAAUGAAAUCAAGUGUUCUGUAGAUAAUAUAGGACCUGCUUCAGUAAAAGAUAGUCCGGAUUUCUGUUUUGUAGAAGCCUACAAAUAUGCCAUGGUGGACCCAGAAUUACUUUUGAUGAACCAGGUCCUUAAUUGUCAUGCAGCUAAUUAGUUUACUGCUCCUUACAUUGACCAAUAAUUGCUUUAAUUCUUGGAACACUCUUUCUUUCAUCUUCUCUUUUUUAUUACGGAAUAAAAUUUAAGAAGAAUA